AUGGAGUACACAUCAGUCCCCCUCCUGGCAGGACAGCCUUCUGCACGUAGCUUUCAUGCAGCUCUGGCUGUGUCGGACCAGAAGGUUCUGAUCAGCGGAGGCUGCAAUGCCAGAGGAGCCUUGCAAGAUGCCUUUGUCUUCCACCUAGACACUCUUUCAUGGAGCACAGUGAUCCACCACGACCUCUGCUCCGUUCCCCGAGCUGGCCACACACUGCUUGACCUGACUCCUGCCCACCUGAUGGAUAUGGACAAGGAGAACAAAGAGGAGCAGAAGCUGCACAUGGUGUUGGUCUUUGGGGGCUCCAACUGUGCUGGGACCUUUUAUAACAGCACGCUCAAGAUCCAGCUGGAUCUAGGAUAAUGCAUGAUUCACAGAAUGAGCCUGAG